CUAUCAAUAAGCUAGUGUGAAGUUGAAGAGAUACCCUCAAGACCCCUCUCAUCUCCAUGACGUUGUUCACAGUCAGACUUGUCUCCUCUAUUCCUAGCUUCAUUAGGUGAAUAUAACUAUGAAAAAUAUACAACAAAUCCCACCAUAUGAUAUGUGAAAAAUUAUUCAGAGUCACUCUCAUUGUAAUGUAGAUAAAAAUGCUGUAAAGUGAGCUGAACACAUUCAACAUCGCAUCGACUAAAUUCAGUCAUUUAUCGACUGCCGAUGGAGGUGAUCCAUAGUGCUUUUGAUCGCGUGGUUUGUUAAUUUUUCCUUCAACAAUGAAGUGCUGUAGGGUACAAUAGCCGUGUGAAAAGAAUCAUUUUAUAAGUGACUAUAAAAUAGUUAAUUUAUUUCCCAAUAUUUUCUUCUAAUAAAUCCAUCCUCCAUUGGUGUUUCUCACGUUAAAUUUGUGUUAAGGUUUGUGCAUUUGUGAGCAGUAGCUUUCAGCAAUUAUCAGUGCUGUGUCAAAGCUUUUGCUGAUUUUGCCAAUCGACUGAUAAUAAAACAUUUCUCAUCAGUUAGUGCCGAGGCGUUAUAGCGGUCAAAAUGGAAAAUUUAAGUGCAUCCAGUGAACAAAUAGUCGAGCUGAGACGGUUAUUUUUUGAAAAAGUCGAAAAGGAUGGCCAUCAAAUUGAGGGUGGUUUCCAUCCAGCUGAUAUAGAUAGGAUAAAUAACAGAGAGAAGUGGUUGCGCCUCUUUAUUGAGUACAACGACUUGGAUCUGAAGAAGGCACUCACCCAGCUCUGGGAUACUUGUGCAUGGCGAAAGAGCUUUGGUACAAAUGAUCUCGAUGCCAGUAAAAUGCAUCAAGAGUACCUCCAUGAGGGAUUCAUGUUUCCCAAGAACCGUGACAUCAAUGGCAAGCGACUCCUCAUCUUUCGUUCCAAGUUGUAUGUGCGCGGAACGAAGAAUAUGGAUGAUGUUAAGAGACUUCUAGUGUAUUGGGUAGAGAGAGUUAUGUACAGAGAAGAGGACCUUGACCAAAUCUCAGUGUUUUUCGAUCUCAAGGAUUCCGGUCUCAGCAAUAUGGACAUGGAGUACACGAGGUACAUCAUCAACUUGUUCAAGUUCUACUAUCCAAAUUCACUAAAUUUCAUCAUUAUUUUUGAAAUGCCCUGGAUUUUGAACACCACGUUCAAGAUCAUCAAGACCCUUCUACCGGCAAAAGCUGUCGCGAGGAUGAAGUUUGUCAACAGCAAGACGCUCAAUGAAUUUGUGGACGAGAGCAAUAUGCUGACCAUUUGGGGAGGGAAUGAUAACUACAACUACGAAUUUGUGGAUGAGGAGGAGACACCGACCAGGAGCAUUAAUAACAAUAAUGUGAGCAGCGGAAGAAAGGUACACUUUGCAAAACUCAGUCCAACAGAAUCACCAAUGUCAGACCAACCGAGUUUUACGCUGGAGAAAGGCACUGCCGGAGAUGAGAUGCUGCGCGUGGUUCAAGAUACGCUGAUUUUCAAUAAGACAGGCAACGACUAUUCGGGUUCUGUGGAGAUUAUCAAUAUAGAUCUGAAGCCAAUAACGUACAAAGUUAAAACAACAGCACCUGACAAAUUUAGGGUGCGACCUAGUUCUGGAGUCCUGGCUCCAGGCUCUUCAACUACAGUCAAUGUGGUUCUUGUGCCAGGAUGUCAAUUGACAACGCUGUCCAGGGAGAAAUUUCUGGUGAUGUGUAUGGCACUGGGAGCAGAUAAGCAGACGAAUUCUCAAGAUAUUGCAGAACUUUGGAAGAAUACUCCAUCGCACAGUCACUUGGUGGAACAGCACAAAUUGAAGUGCCUCCUACCUGGAAUCGCCCACACCUCUGAAGCAUCUUUCAAGAAUGGCAAUGCCUUCAGCGGCAGCUCUGGUAGCGAUAGCGAUCGACAGAUCAGUCACCUGGUGCAGACGGUGCACGAGCUCAAUGAUACUGUAGCUCGAUUGGAUUCUCGGCUGAAGAAGAACCAGACACUCUUCUUCCUGGCUCUUCUGGCCAUUGUGUCUCUCUGCGUAGCUACUCUGUACAUUGUCAAGGGGAGUGUGGACAGCCAGGGCAUGGGAUAUUGCGUAAAGAGGGAUGAUUAAAUAAGAAAUUUGGACAAAGUUUCUUCCCUGUUGUGAUCAGGCUUUCAUUCGGACGGGAUACUCAUCUUACCUGCCUCCACGGUUUAACUCUAAAAUCCACUUGUAGUGUGACUAUGGCAGAAUACCUUCAAAUUCCUCAAAUCUGUUACGUGGAUACAGUAUUUUGUACAUUAUUUAAUGAUUGUGAUUUUCAAUCAAUAAAAAUUUCCGCGGAA